CAAACUUUCCACUUUUACCCUCGUUUUCGUUGAAAAGUGUAAAUGUGCUAUAAAUAUAAGACUUCUUCAACCUUUCCUUUAUUCAUUCUAUCUAGGCAAUGUGAGAAAGUAAUAGAACAAUUAAAUAUAUUUGCAGAAAAAAAGUUAAAAUUAUGGGUUCAAAUUCUAAAGAAAUGAACAUUGAUUUGAAUUUUGUUUAUGUGCCCAAGUUAAUUUCAGAUGUUUUAACUGAAGUUUCUGCCAUGGAUGACAUCUCCAAGAAAUUAACAAAGCUCAAUCAGUUUCUUGUUCCUUUAGAAGAAGAACUCAGAAAAACCGAAGCUUUUAAACGUGAAUUGCCCAUGUGUAUGCUUCUUCUCAAAGAUGCUAUUGAGAGAUUAAAGGCAGAAGCUUUGCUGUAUAAGGAGAAAGAUAUAAGUCCUGUGAUGGAGGAAUUCAUCCCACUGAAGAAGGGUAAUUCUGAUGAAAGUGGAAGGGUAAAAAAGUCAAAUGAUUUAAGUGAUAAGAAAAACUGGAUGAGCUCUGCUCAGCUAUGGAGCACUCCAGUUCAGUACGAAAACUUUAAUCUUGAAAACUUAAAAUCGAGUGGUGUAGAGGAGAAAGCCAGGGAGAAGCAGUACCAGUUAGGAGCAUGUAAAUUGAAGAGUGAUAGAGGGGCAUUUUUGCCAUUUCAAGGACAAGCUUUGAAGGAAGGAAAAAGUGGUUUGGCAGUGAAGGAUUUAUCUCUGUCAAUGGCAGUGACAGUGGGUGAAGGAGAAAAGGGUCAAAAGCCAAUUGAUGUGAGUGUGAAAAGAGAAAACGGCCCAUCAAAUUCAAAUGGAUGUGGUGUUUUUUCACAGGACAAAUCACAACAGAGGAAACAGAGGCGUUGUUGGUCUCCAGAAUUGCAUCGUAGAUUUGUUGAUGCUCUUCAUCAACUUGGAGGUGCACAAGUGGCUACACCAAAACAGAUCAGAGAUAUCAUGCAAGUGGAUGGCCUGACCAAUGACGAAGUGAAAAGCCAUUUACAGAAAUAUAGACUUCAUGUGCGACGAGUCCCAGCAUCAGGUUGUUCAUGGUCUACUAUGGAUGAAAUUGGAGAGUCUUCAAAGAAUAAUGGUACACAAUCUGGUUCUCCUGAAGGGCCUCUUCAUUUUACUGGUUCGGGUUCAGCCAAAGGGGUGUCUAUCAAUGAAGAAGAGGAUAAUAAAUCUGAAAGCUAUAAUUGGAAUGGACAGCUUCAAAAGAGCAUUGAAGGGUCAACUAUAAGAUCAAGUAGCCAUUAAUUUUGCAGCUACAGAAAUAGGACAGAAACAAAACAUAACAAAUAACUUAUGAGAGAAGUACCGAUGA